GAAUAUUUUCUAUUUUUCUAUUUUUCUUAUGUGUUUUUGUUGUUUCGUGUGAUCUUUACUAGUUCACGGUUUUAUUUUUGAUUUAGGUUUGUAUUAGAACUUUGAAAUACGGGAAUGUGGAAUGACAUAUGUGAUAUAAAAAUAUUUCUAGAUUCUACACCAAGGUAUAGAAUUAAUGUUGGUAGGUACAUGUUAAUGUCAGUUAUACUGUAUAACUUGUACACUUCCACUAUAAUAUUCAGGAAUCCCGAAUUAGGUCAUUACUAACACCGUCUGGAAAAACGGAUACAAUAACAAAAAUGGAUGAUACUGUAAUGGAAAAAUCAACAUGUAAAUCAAAUGAUCAGAAGAAGGUUAUGACACUUAAAAGGUGUGAACAAAAAACAUAUAAAAAUAGCUCACACAUAGUUGGAGCAUUUAAAGUCCUUCAAUCUUUACAGCAAGAUCAAGUUUUAUGUGAUAUUGGAAUAGAAACGGAUGAUGGUACUAUAAUAUUUGGACAUAAAAUUGUUUUGAUAUCAAUUAGUACAUAUUUCCGUAAAAUUUUCACUGGUUCUAAUGAAAGAAAUAAAGAUCAUAUUAACAUAAAAAAAUUAGAUUCAACUGCUCUACAACUUUUGAUAAAUUAUAUUUAUACUGGCGAAAUCAUAAUUACUGAAGGCAAUGUAAAGGUAUUGUUACCAGCCGCAAAUUUUUUACAGUUAGACUAUGUAAAAAACGUUUGUGUUGAGUUCUUAAAAACUCAACUAGAUGCUUCAAACUGUCUUGGUAUCAAAGCAUUUGCUGACUUACAUGACUGUAUGGAAUUGUCGAAAAUGUCUCAAACAUAUAUUAAAAAUAAAUUUUUAGAAAUGGUUAACUAUGAUGAAUUUCUAUCUUUAUCUUCUGUAGAAGUAAUUAAAUUAAUUUCCUGUGAUGACAUUUUUGUUCAACAAGAAGAAAAAUUAUUUGAAUGUGUAAUUCAUUGGGUGAAAUAUGAUAUGGAUAGUAGAAAAGAUUUUGUUCCUGAACUAAUGGAACAUGUACGUUUGCCAUUAGUCUCAAACCAGUAUUUAUUAGACAAUGUACUUCAUGAACCUCUUCUUAAAACUAGUCCUAAAUGUAAAGACUAUAUAAUUGAAGCAUUACAAUUUCAUCUAUUAAAGUAUCUAGAACCCUUAACAGUCUCACAAACGAUUCGGAGAACACCUAGACAGUCUAUUGGUUUUCAAAAAGUUAUUCAAGCUUAUUGGUCUCUAAAAGAGUCUAGUGUAAUUUACUGGUAUGAUAAUAUUUGGCAGCCUGCCCCAAAAAUGAGUAAACAUUUUGAUGUACGUUUCCUAACUGUAAUCAAAGAUCAAUUUGUAUUAGCUGUGGGUGAUGUUGAUAUGGUAUUAAAUCGUCAACCUAUUGAAAUGCUUGAUGUUUCUUUAAAAUCACCUCGUUGGAUACCUAUGAUGGACAUGUUAGUUAAUCGCAGAUUUUUUGGAGUUGGUUCACUAGAUAAUUGUGUAUAUGUUAUUGGUGGACUUAAUGAAGCGAAUUGUGCAUUAAAUAGUGUAGAGGUUUUUGACGUCAAUACCAAUAAAUGGAAAAUGGUUACAAGUAUGUCUACUAAGAGAUAUUCUCAUGGUGUUGGAGUACUCAAUAAUCUCUUGUAUGUGGUAGGAGGUUUUGAUGGUCUAAAGUCUUUAAACUCGGUCGAAUGUUAUGAUCCCAGCCUUGAUACAUGGACACCAGUAGCAGCAAUGUCUAAAUGUUGCAAUUCAUGUAGUGUUGGUGUCUUAGACGGUGUUUUAUAUGUUAUUGGAGGAAGAAAUAAUUUAAGAUGUCUCAAAAGGGUUGAAGCCUAUACACCGAGCUCUGGAGUUUGGACUACUAUUGCUGACAUGUAUUUGGGCAGAAUGAAUUCUGGAGUAGUUGUAUCAAAUGGUUUAUUACAUGUUAUUGGAGGAACUGACUAUACAGGAAAUCUGAAUUCUAUUGAGAUAUACAAUCCAAAAACCAAUACCUGGUCAUUGAAACCAUUGUCAACAGAUAUUGGUAUUUGGUAGAAUUUAUAGUGGAGUUGUUGUUAACCCCACCUUUUGAGUGCCAUAGACGCAUAUAUCCGUCCACCAUACAACAACCGUCAAGUGCCAUAGACGCAUAUGCCCGCAUACAUAGCAUAAUAUGCGCCUUUGCUUGUUAAAAUCAUUUGCUGCCGUUAUCAGUACUAAAAUGUAUACCAAUAGAUUACAAAUUCAAAGACGAAUCCAAAAACGUUCAAUAAAAUAAUAUCGGAUUAAUAUCGAUGAAGUUAUAAGUGAAUUAAUUAAUUUGUUCUACCAGUGAUAACCAAAAUGUGUGUUUAUCAAUUUUUCGUAUAAACCUUAUACAUAUUAUUAUUACUAUUUUUUUUUUAAAAAUAGUGUAGUUAUUGUAGUUAUUAAAAUUAUUAUUAUCAUGUAUUGUAUAAAAAAUAAAAGUUGUGUUACCAAAAGCAAACGCUAAAUCAUUUACACCGCAUUCGUUAACAUUUUAAAAACCACUGUACGCUGAAUUUUAAAAGUACAAUAACUUUGGAAAAAAAAAUUUUUUUUAAUCAUUUAAUUAUUCAAUAAAGAAAAAUAAUAAAAUGUAAAAAAAAUAAAAAAAAAUGCAAAAAUAAUUCGGUCUGACGGGUACCACUGGUCAAAAUUAAUUUGGCACUCAAAGGGUUAAUAGGCCUCCAGGUUUUAAAAUUUAUAGUGAUUAAUUUGUGUACCUUUAAUAUUAUAUUUCUAUUUGUAUAUAAUUUGUAUUAAUAAAUUAAUUGAUAUUGAAUAA